CCACCCCACCCACCACAUGUUUCAGGGAUCCUAAGCACCGCCCCUGCCCGUAACUGAUCCAUCUGGACCCGAGCAGAAGAGACGAACGAGCCUCCCCCUGCCUGUGCUCCUGCAGGAGUGAAAAAAAACGAGUGGGAAAGGAUUUCUUAAAUCCAGAGCGAGGAGCUUCUUGCACAAUCUGCGGUGGCAACAUUUCGGUCCUGACGCUCAUUUUACGCACAGGCAGACCAGAAAGUGAAACUGAUAUCAAACCACGCAGGGAGUCUAUCUCUGCAGGAUCCGAGAAAGAAAAACACCAGAGGUGUCAGCUCGUGUGCACAUUUUUGUUUUGGAAAGAACAAAAGCGGCAACAUGUCCAAACCUAAUUACUCCGGCACGUUUCAUAUGGUGGACCAGCAGAACAUGGACAGCUACCUCGCAGCUUUAGAUAUAAGUUUUCCUCUGAGGAAGUUGGUGUGUCUCUUGAAGCCGAGUAAAGAAAUCAGCCAUGACCCGGCCACAGGGGCCAUGACUAUCCGCACAAACACCACCUUCAAGAACUUCAACAUGGAUUUCAAGAUCGGAGAAGAGUUUACUGAAGACCUGGGGCCAGUGGACGGACGACAGUGUCAGACCACAGUGAGCUGGGAAGGAGACAAACUGGUCUGUGUGCAGAGAGGCGAGAAAGAGGGCCGAGGCUGGACCCACUGGCUGGAGGGAGACAAGCUGCAUUUGGAGAUGAGAGUUCAGGGCAUCGUUGCCCAGCAAGUCUUCAAGAAGGGCGACUGAAGUCAAGCAGAAAUGUGUGUGUUUAAUGUAUAACCCCAAUUUAUUCUUAGCUG